AUGCCCGGUGCUAUUUCGCCCUCCGAAAAGACGGCUCGGUCAUCCUUCUCCUCGGUUCGCGAGAACGACGAUGGGCUCGCUCAAACCUUCACCAGAUCCAAAAUCUCCUCCUACACCAACGAGACCGAAGAGGUUUUCGAUGAAUCCCCGUCGUCCGAGAGCGGUCAGCCGUUCUUCCAGCCUCCCUUGACCAACCCGCACAGUCAGCUGAAUGGGUUCUGGGCACCAGCACCAACCUUUCGGGGAUGGAGGGAGAUUCCGUUGAAGGGCAAGAAGGCCAGCCGAAGCCUGGAGAACCUGAGGAGCCUGGUUAUGUCAUGGAGUCCCCCGUCGACCCCCAGCAACGAGCCUGAGGCCAAGAAGAAGACAGCCCGUACGACAUAUGAGCCAGGCAGGGCGCCGAUUGAGACGCUCCCGAGCGAGGUACUCGACAACAUCAUUGACCUGCUGGUUGUUGAACUACCGCCCAACGGGCUCACUGUUCGCAAUGCCGACCUCAUGGCACUGCUCCUGGCGUCGCGCGCUCUCCACGCCGCCACGUUGACCACCCUCUAUCGACACAUCACCAUUCCGCACUCACGAAUCUUCCGCAAGUUCCUGAACACUGUCGUCGAGUACCCAAACCUUGCCAGCAUCGUGCGACGGCUUGACUUCAGUCACUUCAACCCCAACUCGAUCUUCUCCAACGCCAGCCAAAGGGCCUCCACCCAGAACUUGACAGCCAAGACGCUGGCGCAGUGUCUCGACCUGACCCCUUACCUGCAGGAGUUCCUGGCUCAGGAGUACAUCGAUGGCGACAUUGACAGGGAAGUAUUGCGAAAGCUCUUCUUCAGCCUGCCGCGUCUCAAGGCGGUCGAUUUCUGCGGGUGCUCCACUGCAUCCUUCCGGGAAGCGUUCAAAGAGCUCUUGGAGGACGAGUGGCCGGAGAAGCUUGGAAUCACACGUUUGUCGUUUCACAAGUGCAUCACGCUGCCAACUGCUGUCUUUGAGACGAUCCUCCCUAGACUCACCAAGGUCACCCAUCUGGACCUCGCUGGAACGCGGGUCACAGAUGCAGCCUUGAUGUCGAUCCCGACUACUGCUCAGAUAACACAUCUGAACCUCGCUAGGUGCAAGGAGUUGACGUCGGAGGCGGUCGUGGCGUUCAUCACCACUCACCCGGCUGUGAAAGAUUCCCUAGUCUUUCUAAGCCUCGCGACCGACGCGAGCUCCCACCUCCUACUCGGCAAGGACGAUAUCGACAAGCUUGUGCCUGCUCUGCCCUCCACAUUGCGCUCGUUGAGCCUGAAAGGCAGUCGCAUGGAGGAGUCACACAUCUCCCUGUUGCGACCUCUGACAGAAACGUUGGAGGAGCUUACCCUGGGGCAAGGCUUGGAGAUCAGCGAUAUCCAGAAGUUGUUCAGGGUUGACGGUCAGUGGAGGCCUCACAGCGUCCGAUACCUCGACAUCUCAGAUAUCGAGACAAGGAUCGGCAGUGCUAGCGAGCUUUUGGCUGACGAGUCGGCGCCGCUGCACGUCAUUGAAGUCGACGAACGUGUGUACGAACGGGCGGCCAAGAUCAAGAAAACCCUCCAGCGUGUUGGGUGGACAGCCAAGGAGUUUGGCACCCGUUAUUGGCUGGUUCGCCUCAACGCCGAUGGCUCAACCGCCGACAAUGGUGGUCGAUGGUGGAAGAUGGGCGCCGAAAGCUGGGGCAUGCGAAAGGUCCCAGUGGCCAAGGGGGAAGUCGGUGGCAUGUACGGAUCGUUCAUGUUUGGAAGACACAUUUGA